AUGGCAGAGCUAAGGCUCUCAAUACCUCCAGCCGUUCUUCAACAGAUGGUUGCUUUGGCUGCUGAGAUUACUAUUAUUGAAAAUGGUCUCGCUCAAGCACUUACUCUGGCAGACCGAACCAGAUUUCGCACAUCUACAGAGUUGACUAACUACCUCUCUCAUAAGCUAGACAAGCACUUCUACACUACCGUUAGCCAGCGGAUUGGAUUCCAGCGAGCGGCGUUUCUCUCUGCCUCUGCAGCUAUGAAAGAAACGGCUGAUACCUGUUUCGAAGAUUGGGGCUCCACCAUAGAUAGCUUUAAAAGGGGCGUGGAAAAGAUACCAGUUCUGCAGGCAGAGAUAAAGAGCUUUACAAGCACUACAGAGCAUGGGCUGCAGGAAGACCUAAAGGACAUAAAGACGAUCAACCAAUCUCUUAUCAACCAAGAGAAAGAAGCGCACAGUCUCCUUACAGAAAGGAUAGCAGCUCUACAACAAAAGACUUUGGAAACUAUCAAGCCAGUAGGGUCUCUGCACUCUACCAUAGAUGCGACAAAGGACGAGCUUCGACAUCUUAAGUACCAGCAACGGCUACGGUCCCAAGCCAAUGAAGAUAAGUUCUCGUCUCUGCGGUCUGCUCUUGAUAAAGGGAAUUUUCAGGCUAUUCGAAGAGACCGGGUAUUUAAACAGGCAGAGUCAGAUAUUCUGGAAAAGCUCAACCCGCUUCUCUUUCACCAUAUGUCUGAGGAGAGUAACUCCUCAAAAGAGCAACUACGUAAUCUGCACACCACCAUCUCUACUCAGCUGUCUACGCUGCGCGACUGGGAAAACAAGUUGAACGCUAUGGCAUCAAUCUUUACCAGAGAUCACUACACUACCGUUAAAAAACCGGUGGAGAGAUCCAUUGAAUCAAUGCGCACUGAAAUAGUAGCACAACAAGAGCGCGUAAUACUAGACUUACGCUCCAUUCGGGAUGAGUUGAACAGUGCUUAUCUUGAACACAAGCGCGGAACAGAACUUAUUCGCAAAGUCAAGAUCGAAAUGGACACUAUGAAGCAGAAGUGGCAUCAGAGUAUAGAUCUUCUCAAGAAGAAGUACAUGCUCAACGACUUGGAAGAGUUGCGCCGUAUUUACGAGAAGGAGAUCCCAGAGGCCUCUAGAUCCAAGGCUUUCGAGCUCUGUGCGGAUGCUGAGACGACACUGGCAUCCACUGAGCAGGCUGUUAAGAUGUGGAGCGAUCUCAUGGCCCAAAGGGUCGAGUCAGAAGAUGCAAAAAUGAAGAAAAUGGAGCAGACGCUUAACAGACUCUUGAGCGAGUUGAUUCUAACCACGCACACACGUUCUCUGGGAAUAGAUGAGUUGAAUAGGCGGCUUUCCCACAAGGCCUUCGAGCUAACUCAGCUUGUUGGUACCCGCAUGGAUGACGCUCAGUUCAAGCAAAAACUCGCAGAAAAGGUGAGCAAAUCCGAUACAGAUAUAGCAUUUGGUGUGUAUUGUCCUGCGGAACACGAAGAACAGGUCAUCCCUCAGCCCCCUCGUGGUAGGAUUAACGCCAGCAACUCAUACCGUCCUCAAUCUGCCAAUAAUAUUAAUAAGAAAGUAUGGAGCGAUAAGAAGAUUGCUGAAGAUAGCAGAUUGCUUCGAGAGUAUCAGAAUCAGUGUGCACUAAAGAGCGAAGAUUUCAGCUUUAUCAAAUACUUUACAACUGCAAUCAUGAACGAAAAAUCCGGAUUAAUGAGUGACCCUUCUCUAGCAGAUACGGAGUCGACUAUAUAUGCAGGUCCACACGGUAAUGCCGUACUUGAUAGCGAUCACGUCGCCACACACGUUUUGCAGGUCAGUCCCAGCUUGGUGCAACAGAGGGUUGCAGCCAGCCUAGCUCUCAGGGAGGCUUCUCAAAAGUCAAUCAGCUCUCCGCUACCAUUAUCAGUCCCAUCUGCUAUGCCCGCUUCGAGUAAGGAGCAAAUAAGGCUGCGCCCCGGAACCGAGGCCCUUUUCCCCAAGGAAAAAACUGCAUCUACCGUAUCACUGACUAAUAUUUACAUGGCAGAGUCAGCGAGUGCCUCCCCAACAGAAGCAACCUCGCAGCACCAGCGAUUAAAUCAUACGGGUCGGAAUCUCCGAGGACGCCGGUCGUACCAUGCACGAAUAGCACAAACUAUUCUGAAUGCAAACGAGGAUCUAAACAAGCUAACUGACAGUAUCGCCAAAGCAGAACGCGACCUAGAGGAAGCUGAAAGCAAGCGAGCCAUAAAUGCCGAUUUGACCGGCAUCAGAGUCAGAACGCGAGCUACCUCCGAAGGCAUAUCAUCAAGGCACCAGCAGGUGAUGUCUGUGCCCUCAAGCGUGCACGGAAGAAGUCGCUCUGGUAAGGUGGUAUCCGCUGGCACUGAAACGUCUCUGCUGCACGAAGAUGAUAAAGCCGUGAUUUUCACAACCAGUGACAUCAAUCCAGAGGUCUUAGCGUAUAGCAAAUCGGAAUCUAAAGAUAAUUAUAGAGCACAGAGAUAUCCUGAUGGCAUUAACCCCCGAACAGGUCUCUUCGAGGAAAUUUCACCGUUCGAAUAUCAACAGCCCAGGGUAAAACAUAGCACGGUCACAAAAUCUACUCCUUCGUUGCCGGCCAUGCCAGAAGAACUUGUGAUUGUCAGUCACACUCUGGGGAAGGAUCAGAAUAGACAGCGACAACAGUUGAACGCUCGACGCACAGUGCGCUCUGCUGUUCCCGUUGGCGAGCAAUAUCUGUUGAAGCAGUGUGAACCCCCACUAACCACCUCUAUGGACGAUAUCUACGUUGAAUCUGUCAAUACCAACAAAGAGAGUGGCCUUACUAGCGCAGAGGCUAACAAGUUACCGAGAGCAUACAGCGCCAAUGCGGCUUUGAAAGCUAAAAGAGAUCUAGCUACUAACUCGCUUCUUGGCGAUGAACCAGAUAAGCUGGGGGCCUUUUUGACCAUGGGCAACCCAGGGAGAGAAUGCCUCCCUAAAAUACUGGGCGGAAUCAUGGGCACACCGGUGCGCCUACCAGCGUCAAGACAAAGAAAUCCGUCAAGGCAAUCAUGGGAAGAAAAAGCUCUUCGGCGGCUAUCCCAUGCUAGAGCAGAAGAUCCCGCUACCAAAUCAACAAUCGACAACACCGAAAAGGUUCUGCGAGAGGCUGAAAAAGCUAUUCACCAAGACUAA